GGAAGAGACUCAGGGAGUACAUGAGCCGGUGUUUAUGCAUCGUUCCGGAAGCCUCAGCACACUGAUAUUCGGAAUCGUGACUUGAUCACAGCCGCGAUCACGCGCUCGUCACGCAACUUGUGACACUCAAACUUGCGCGAAUCACUCAGUCCCAAUAGCUUGCAUGGAGCGACUACGAAACAUCGCGGACGCAUUGAUUUACGGUGUCGAUGAGGUUGAGAUAGAAGAUGUUCCCGAAAUAUGCGAUGAAGACAAAACCGGCCUAGCAGGAUCCUCACGGCCUUCCUUGUAUGUUCAAGUCAUCGAGCGCGCUAUCAACAACAUAAGGGACAGCAAAGAAUCAGCUCUGUUUUCCAAGGAGGAGUGGGGCUUCUUGGAUACAGUUGCAGGGCUUGAAUACAAUGCACGAUUCGUCCUCAUACGCUUGCUCUUCCGUACGCAAGACCGAUGGUUCAGACUCUCAGACCUCAGGAAGUAUGUCAGUGAGAUUGGGCCCAAUGGCGCGAAGAACGCCAUUGAGCAGUUGUGUAAACCCUUGCGCUCCGGCAAGCCUAGUGAACCCAAUGUCAUCGACUUGACGCUCGACUCAGACGAAGACGAGGAUACGAAACCUGUGGCGGGACCAUCGACUACUGCGAUGCGCGGUGGGGCCUUUGGACGAGAGGAGGAUGUCUGUCUGGACUACUUCUGUCAGGACGAGAGUGAUAUGUCUACCGGCGAUGGAUUGCGGCUGCUCAACGUGGAUGAGCUGAAGGAUUUGUGUAAUUCACUUGGGAUCAAACAUGCUCAGAUGAAGAAAGAUCAUAUGAUAUUUGCCCUCAACAGCCAUGCUUCAUCUCAAUCGGUGUUAGCAUUCAAGUCCAAUGCUGGAUCGUCAAAGUCCAAAUCUUCAAACACGAAGCUGCGACAAAGUACAUUGCCUUUCGCAAACCGACUGCAGACUACGCGCCUCAGAGAGUUGAUGUUGAAGAAGAUAGGCAAAGCUGUGCAGCUCAAUCCUUACAUACACACCCUGUUGCUACGCUUGCAUGUCAUCUGGUUCCGGAGUACCGAGUUUCCAGAGUCUCUGUUUCAACCCGCUCUCUUUGCUGGAUUCAAGAAGAGGACAUAUGCCGAGUACGAGCACAAGCGACACACUGACAUUUGGGCAACUCGGGAAGAUUACCUGGAAUACGAAGAUGCAAUCCGUCUCGAGGCAAUCAUCGAAGAACUUUUGCGGCCUGAAGCUCAAUUCGGUCGAUCACGGACCGUGGCAGUGGACAUCAAGCGACUGGUGACUCCGGGGCUGAACUUUGUGCGAAGCGUCACAGCACCUGCAAGAGCAGGGGGUGUCGGUUUGUUAGACGCAGAUGAAGACGACGAAGACGACGAUGCCGUUGUCACGAAUAAAGCGAGGCAGGUCAAGGCUAUCCUUGAUUCCCACGUCAUCGACAAAUGGAAAGCGCUGGUCAUCGCUGAGGACACGAGAACUAGUGCUCGGCGGCCAGGGCUAGAGCGCUUUGAACCCGGUUUCGUCUACACGCGAUGUCUUCGCAAAUGUCUGGAAGCGCUCGCUACUCUCAAGGAAUUUGGCGUCGAGAAAGAUAUGCUGGAUCUGUUGUUGAGCCAAACGUUCUGGCGCCGAGGGAGCCGGGGUCGAUGGUAUGAUCGCAGGGCCCUGGUUCAGAUGACCUAUCUCCACAAGAACUUUGAUAAAACUCUCAACCUCGAUGUCCUCAAGGAAGCGAGACAAGGCGUGAUCCUGGGUCUGGCCGAUAAGGAUACAGCCAUCGUGUGUCGGCCACCGCUUAUUCGGCGUAUUGAUCGGCUCGAAAAGUCGCUGAAAAUUCCAGCAGAGCUCAAGACCCAAUACGAUCCUGCGGCUCUCAACAAACCCACAGAAAUCUACGUGACAGCUAUACGAUUCUGGGGGGAGCCUGAAACUGAGCUCCUCAAGGAAAACAAGCAACCUAACAAAAUCGUCAAGUACCUCGCCAGGGAACAGCAGGGGUCAUCUGGGGGCGAAAAACUCACGAAACAGCGACCGUCUUGGACUGGAAAGUCUCUCUGGCAGGGCAGAGACGGAGUCGUCAACGUUGAAACAUAUGCACUGGAGGAUUAUGAACUCCGGGGCUACAAGGGCUUUCACUCAGAGACUCAAGUUUUGACCACUGUCUUUGGGCUUCUCUUCUGGGAUGUUCUCUUCGCUCCCGUUCCCGGGGCUUUCGAAACCCCAUGGCAGAUGGGCCCGUUGGACAUCGCAGAGGACUCAUUUUACCAUGCCCGUCAGCAGCUAAUCGAUCUCCGGUUGGAUGACAUCAGGAACGGCAAGGCUCGUAGCAUCCUCGAGGAGGUGGACAUCCGGCAUCGAGAAAAUAAGACAUGCUGCGUGGGAGUCGGUUGGGAAAUGUGCAGUCGGGAAGAUCUGGUUGAAAUCGUUGAGUGUCUCGGUGGUGAGGUCUUAGCGCUCAUCUGCAAGCUCUUCUGCGAAGACUACGGCGGCCGGAGCAGUGGUGUUCCUGAUCUCAUCGUGUGGAAUGCUGAAGAGAAGGAGUGUAUGUUCGUGGAGGUCAAAGGCCCAGGAGACACAUUACAAGAGAAUCAGAAGGUACUCUGGUCCGACGUUCUGAUCACUGCGGGAUGCCGUGUGGAGCUUUGCCAUGUUCUCGAGCCCGAAUCACUCCAAAAGAGGGAAGACAAAGCCAAGGCCAAGAUCGAGAAGGCCGCUGCUGCGAUCAAGAAACGGCGCUCAUCCAAUUGUGAAGAUGAAGAGAGUUCAGUCGAAAAAACAAUGGAACCUCGACCCCUUCGCAAGAGACGGAAGUCCACCUAACGCUGUCUUCUCUCCCCUCGAUGUUGUUCAUUAUAUAUUGUAAUUUUGUUGUAAUCUAGGGUGAUGGUGAUGCAGGUUGUUUCUUCUGCUUCUCUGCU